GUUCAUCAUACAAAGUUUUCAUUAAGAGUUGAAGAAGUGGAAAGAGUUCAGUCAGUCGCGCAGAGUGAUCGGGCGAAGAAAGUCGUGUUUUUUGCCUUCAAGGAAGAAACGUGUGUGUGUGUGGAAGACUCAGUUCGUCGUAGAUUAAGUAUAAAAAUUCAAAAUGAAAGUCACAUUUCUGCUUGAGCUUUUAUUGAUUCUCAUAAUAAUCGCUUUUGCAGCCUCCGCACCAGUAGAAGUACAACGAAAUGUUCGAAAAGGGGCUUUAGUCUAUCGGCAAGCCGCUGAUGAUGUUGCGGAUGCAGCAGCGGUAGAGGUGGCUCCAGUGCCAGUUGUGCCAGUUUCAGGUGGCGAUGAUGAUGAUGACGACGAUGAUGAUUCGGAUGAGUUUGAUUUAGGAGACGAUGAUUCAGGUGAAGAUGAUGAUGCCGAUGACGAUGAUGAUGACGACGAUGAUGAUGAUCUGAUUGGAUCAGUUGAAGAUGAAAUUGAUGACGAUGAUGAUGAUGAUGAUGAUGAUGAAGAUGAUGUCCCAGUAGCAGUUGCACCCGCUGCACCAGUAAUUCUCGAUCAGCAGAAGCAGUCGGCUGUUAGUCAACCAGCUGCUCCAGUUGUUGCCGUAGAUGAAGAUGAAGAUGAUGACGACGAUGAUGAAGAUGAUGAAGAUGAUGCAUUGUCUUUUUUCGGUGAAGAUCUUCUAGGCGCCUUAGACGACGACGACGAUGAUGAUGACGAUGAUGAUGACGACGAUGAUGAUGAUGAUGACGAUGACGACGAUCAAGCAAUUGCUGUUGCGCCAGUUUCGUCAUCUGAUGCUCCUGGACCAAUAGCUCCAUCCAAGAAGAAGAAGAGAAAGCCAGUGCCUGUUAAAGAACCAGUCGGUGCUAACACUCAGGCUCUUCUUGAUCUCGCUGAUGCUGCCGCAGCCCAAAACGAGAUUGAUGCUCCACCAAAACAGAAGCCAGAGGGAAUAGAUGUAAACAAUGAAGUAAACAAAAUUGUGGAAUCGCUCGCUGCUCAAAAGGCUGACCAGAAUGCUCAACCAGCAACGGAACCUGCAGCGGAAGAGGAAGACGAAUUAGAAUACGACGAGGGCUCCCCAGAAAAGGUACAAUCAUUAUCCUCUGAUAAUAACAAAGUUGACGUUGUUGCCGCUCCUGCAGCUGUGACUGCGACGAAGCCGACUAGUGACGACGACGACAUCUUCGAAGGUAUCACAUCUUUAGUGGACGAUGAUGACGAUGACGAUGAUAGCGAUGAAGUGAUACCUCAGAAAAAUGAACAAACUGGAAGUAACGAUACUGAGGUACAACCUGAAGAUGCCGAAGACGAUGACGAUGACGAUGACGAUGAGGACAGCGACGAAUUGAUCGAUGAGAGCGCUGUUGAAGAAAUUGCAGAAUCUGAUGUGUGACCAGACUACCAGGUUAAGGCAACUCAAUAUAAUGUUCAGUACUAAGUCUUAUUCAACUAUUAUAGUAUCGUGUUUGAGAUAUGUAUGUAUAGAACUAUAAGUAAAUAUGGGAAGUAUCAUCAGAAGCAGCAAAGUGCAAAAGUGAUAUGAGAUGUUAACUGAUCAUUAUUAUUAAGUUGUUUCACGUUUCAAACAGAGGGUGGUUUUGAAUCCUUAAGGAUAUUCAGGAAGUGAAAAAACGGGAGAACAUGGAAGAAACAAGACUUUAUUUAAGGAGCUUGCGAUCAAACAUUCAAGUGCUAAUCAAAUUAGAUUGGCAAAUGAAUGUUACGAAGCUCCAACUACACUAAAUCUUCGAUGUACGAAGGUUGUCCUUAAUAUGUCAAAUCAGUAUACUUCUCAAUGAACGAUAUAACUAAAGCCAUCAACGAUUAAGACCAAGUAAAAGACAAGUACAUGACAACAGGACUAUUGUCUUAGAAGACCUUAGUAUUAAGGUAAUUUAAAUAUUUAUUUAUUUAUUUAUUUAAUUAUUUAUUUAAUUUAUUCAAAAUGUAAAAAGACUUGACCUCCUACAAAUAAAAAACACCGAAAUGUCUCGACGCUAAUGAGAUAAUAAAAACUAGCGAUGAAUAAACAUUACAAA